GAUAGUAUAUAAAUGUACAAUAACUCUGACCCAAUAACAACAGUGGUGCUACAGUCGCUUCAAUAUGCGGUUCUUCAGGCUAUUGUUUUUUGCACUUUUCUUAAAAGUUGCCAACAGCUACGCGAUCACUAAUUUAGAUGACACGGUAUCACAUUUUACGCGUAUAAUUACUAAUUGGGUAAGCACGGAGCCAUGUGACAAACAGGAAGAAUCUGAAGAAUUUCGACAGUUAAUCCAUACUUUAGUUCUACCGACCAGCCUGCAGCGUGAUAACUGGCAUAGUUUUGAUGGUGAAAGAGGCGACAUUAUGUGCGUGAUAUGUCAGUCUGCUUUAAAUACUUUUCUGAAACUUCGUAGAGAAGGCAUGUCAGAGGAAAGUAUAAGAUGCAGAGGGAUUAAACUUUGUUCCGCACUAAACUUGGCACCUGACAAGGUCUGCGAAGGCGCAAUAACUAUCAAUUUGCCAAUAAUACUACAUAUCAUAGAUUCGAGGCCGAAUCUAACGGCAACCACAAUGUGUGGUGUUUUAUUGGAUUCACGCUCCUGCCCGCUUAAUGACGAGAAGUUUAAUUGGACAGUUAACAUUGAUAACGGUCCCCCAAUAUUGAUUGAUCCCGAAGAAAGUGAUGAAACUCUAAAUAUAGCGCAGAUAAAUUCCUCGAAACUGUACAUUACUUUAUGUAAUAUUAAUUUGCAGAAUAUUUCCUACGUGUAUUUCACUGGCGACAUAGUGGACCACGGCGUUUGGGAAACUACUGUUGAGGGAAAUGCCAAAAGCUUGUACAAGAGCUAUCUCCAAAUUCACGAAACAUUCAAAAAUUAUGUUCCUGUGUAUCCACUUCUGGGUAAUCACGAGCCGCACCCCUUAAAUCAAUUUGCACCCACAAGUAUUACCAACAGUGAGUUGAGCACGGCAUGGCUGUUUAAAAUGAUGGCUGAUUUAUGGAUCCAUUUAGGAUGGUUGCCUGAGUCAACACGUUCUACCAUUCUACAGGGCGGAUAUUACACGGUUACGCCUAGCAAAGGAUUUAGAAUUAUUGCCCUGAACAGUAACGUAUGCUACUGUUUCAACUGGUGGCUAUGGUAUGAACCGAAAGACCCUUACGGCCAGUUGCAAUGGAUGGCGGACACGCUUUUGCAAGCUGAAAAGGAUGGAGAAUUCGUGCACAUAUUAGCGCACAUUCCACCCGGUGAUAAAGAGUGUCUGAGCACGUGGAGAAGAGAAUAUAUCAAAGUUGUCAAACGAUUCAGCCACAUUAUCAGAGCGCAAUUCAACGGCCAUUCGCACAACGAUGAAGUGCAUUUGUAUUACGGCGUCGAUGAUAAUAAUACGAUUAACGUCGGUUGGAACGGUGGUAGCGCAACUACCUACCAGAAUUUGAAUAAUAACUACAAGCUGUACAUUGUCGACAGCAAAAAUUACGGAGUAAAAGAUUUCGAGAAUUGGAUGUAUAAUUUAACUUUAGCGAAUGCUAACCCUGACAAACUGCCACCGUGGUACAAGUCGUACUCGUUUAAAGAGGAAUACGGUCUUUCUGACUUAUCAUACGACUCGUUACAAGUCUGGUUGUCUAAACUAGCGACCGAUAUCAACAUGCUAAGUCGCUAUUAUAGGAACUUCUUCAAACACGCCGAACCAUCACUGAGCAAAGAGUGCGAUGCAAAGUGCAUGAGACCUUACAUGUGCCGUAUAAUUGCCAGCCUGGGAGACCACAGAACGAAAUGCGAGAACAAUGAGUAUCUCAAAUUCACGCCUAGUCAGCUAUAGAUUUAAUGCGUUGUUAGUCCAAUGUAAAAAAAGCGUCUUACUUUAGAGAUCUUUUAAACUCGCUGACCCGCCGUUGAGAAACAAGUGCGAUACAAUGUGCACGAGACCCUAUAUGUGUCGUAUAAUUGCAAGCCUGGGAUAUCACAAAACCAAAUGCGAGAAGAAUCAAUACCUUGAACCUUCUAGCCAGCUGUAGUUUUAACUAAUUAUUAAUGCGUUAUUAGUUCAAUGUGAAAAGCGCCUCUCUUACUUUAGAUAGAAAAUUCUUUACAAGUAACAUUCAAAAUUUAUUACUACAUUCUUUACAAUCGCUUUUCAUCAUGUAUUUACAAGAACAUAAUCAUCGUCUGUUACUUGUACCCGCUAAUUAUUAUUCUUGUUGCUUACAUAAAGUUUUUAUGUCUAUUAAUUUUAACACGGGUCUUCUUAUAAUUUCAUGAUCUGGUAAAUUGUCAAACAAGCAAAUCUGGAAAGUGAAUAAAACAUGGAAAUGGUUUGCGGAAGUACUGCUGUACGAAUUGCAGCGAGUUAUCUUACGUCAAUAAGAUAUACGCGAAUAAAAUAUAGAAUAUA